CACGUGACAUUGAAUUUUAAAAAAUUUUUAUCAUUCAAACAAUUAAUAUUCACCCAGUAAUCACAGUAUUUUUGAAUUAAAUUUUUUUUAAAACGAGAGAAAUUCUUUUAGAUAAAUUUCUAUUUUAUUCGGCCCUUGGCGCCACUUUCAAAACACACAUGAUAUACAAAUAUAUAGUAUAUUAUUUUUUAAUAAUAUUGUUGGUUAUGUUUCGUGUUCAAUUAAUGUUAAGUGCGCGGCUCAAUAACAAUUAAUUAAUAAGCAAUCAUCAAAAACAAAAAUUAUUAAAUUAACAAAUCAAGUAAACGUUCUAUCGAAAAUGGCAAGCAAAGAUGACGGUUACUGGGUCACUCCUCUAUUUAGAGAAGGAAUGAUAAUAAAAAUUGACGAAGUGAUGCAGAAAAGCUGUGGAGUUGCAUUGCUCAGCACCAGCACCAAGACAGAGGAUUUAAUUUUCUCCCAGUCGACGUCCAAAGAUGAAUAUUCAAAGUUCAUUGACUUGUUGAUCACAUGCAUUGAGAAAAAAAACUUCGAUGAAAUCACUGAACCCUGUGGAUCGUUGUCCCUUAAUGGGACCGUAGAUUUUAUUAAAAAUAUGAUUUACGUCCAUGAUUUUUACGAUAUUCAGAAUUUUAUUGACAAUGUGCCAGCAAUACCAUCCUCGAGUCAUAAUUCAGCUACUGAGACUCUUGAAAUCCAAGAAAAUAAUAUACCUAAAAAUAGUGAUCAGCCUACUGUUACAAACGGUACCAACUAUAAGAAUACAAAUUCAGUAUCAAAAUUAUCAACGGACUCUUCCGACGAUGAUGAUUUUCAAUUUUAUUCUCAAAAAAGUCCGGCAAUUAUAAAUACCAGGACAACAACAGAACCUUCGCCUUCAAAAUCUGAUCAGAAUGACAAGAACAGAAAACCUGAUCAAGAAAACAUUGAAGAUCUCAGCACACAAAUAGAAAUUGAGGAGAUUGAAUUGAUAGAUCCCGGGGACGAGCCUUCUCAAGAAGUCCACCAACAAAAUCCCAUCAACGCAAUCGGCGAAGAACGUGGAAUCAUGGAGUUUAUGGCUCAGAAGCUCGACUCGAUAGAAAAUACCAUGAAAUUGUACACUGAUGAUCUAGGGCAAAUAAUAAUACAUAACAUAAAUGGUAACGUUAACAUUAAAUUCGAUGAAUACAAAAACAGUUUGGACACAGUGAGGAGAAAAUUAGACAAACAAACAAAGAGGCUGGAUCGCAUUGAAAAAGAACUAAAGUUGCGGUAUCUCGUAAUCUACGGAGUAGCGGAAAAUGAGAGAAAUAGUCGGCAAUUAGAAAAAACAAUUGUAAAUAUUAUUAAUAAGGAAGUUAAAGUUAAUUUAGAUCCUAGUGAAAUUGAUUCCGUGCGACGCAUUGGCAAGGAUAUAAAGAAGCCCAGGCCAGUCGUCCUCGGGUUGACGACACUGAGAAAAAAAAUGCUGAUUAUGAGAAAGAGAAAAUUAUUAAAAUACUCAAAGGUGUCUAUUGAGAACGAUUUUGUUCAAAAUUCAGAACAAAGUCGCCGUGGUAAAGAUUUAUCUCUACUAUUAUAAACUAAUAGCUCAAUAUUAUAGCGAUAGAUAUAAAUUAUAUAUUAAAGAAUAAAAGGCUGAAUAAGUAAACGACCAAAUGUGCUCAGGGAUACUUUAAUGUUUAUUUAUAAUUAUAAUUAAUUGAUAAUUAUAAAUAAAUAUAUAUAUAUAUAUAUAUAUAUAUAUAUAUAGUUAUAGAUAAUUAAUCAAAAGGCCGUUUGAUUUUUGUUUUAGUUCUCAUUUAAUAUAUAAAUUAUGGUCCACUCAGCUUAAUGCAAUUUAAAUUUAUUUUAUUGAUAUAUAUGUGUAUUAAUUUGCAAGCUAUUAUUAAUUAAUU